CUCUGGAUCGCAGAAUAUUCCUUACCCAGGGCGAAACAGCGGCUAGCGGAGGCGAGAGUGCGACGCGACGUUCCCGAGUCUCAGUGGAACGCGCGGAUGCAGGAGCUACACAAACACGUGCAGGCGUUAACGAACAUUGGCAGCCAGGUCGGCGACACGCGACCCAUCUCCUGGUGUCAGUUCAGUCCGGACAGUAAACUGCUGGCCACCGCCUCCUGGUCUGGUCUGUGCAAGCUGUGGUCGGUGCCGGACUGCGCGCCGAUCCGGACGCUGCGCGGACACAACAACCAUGUUGGCGCCAUCGUCUUCCACCCGCACGCCACCAUCUCCAUGGAGGACAGCGGACCCUGCAUGGCCUCGUGCGGCAGCGACGGCUCAGUCAAGCUGUGGAGUCUGGACAGUGAGGAGCCGGUGGCGGACAUCGAGGGUCACGCUCCGUACCGCGUCUCUCGUCUCGCCUACCAUCCGUCCGGCCGCUUCCUAGCCACCUGCUGCUUUGACUCGAGCUGGCGGCUGUGGGACCUGGAGGUCGGGGAGGAGAUCCUGCAUCAGGAAGGACACAGCAAGGCCGUCUACGACAUAGCAUUCCAGACCGAUGGAUCACUGGCCGUGACCGGUGGGCUGGACGCGUACGGCCGCGUCUGGGACCUGCGCACCGGCUGCUGCGUCAUGUUCCUUGAAGGUCACCUCAAGUCCAUCCUCGGCGUCGACUUCUCACCGAACGGCUACCAGGUGGCGACGGGCAGCGAGGACAACUCGGCGCGUGUGUGGGACGUGCGUACGCGCGGCUGCAUCUACACGAUCCCAGCGCACACAAGUCUCAUCUCGCGACUGAAGUUCCAGAGCGGCGUCGGUGACUUCCUCGUAACGAGCUCCUACGACAACACCGCCAAGAUAUGGUCUCAUCCGGGCUGGUCGUCUCUGAACAUACUCGCCGGACACGAGGGCAAGGUAAUGUGCGUCGACGUCUCGCCCGACAACAAGUACAUCGCCACGUCCUCCUUUGACCGCACCUUCAAGCUGUGGGCGCCAGAGUAGGAGCACAGCAGGGCAGGAGGGUGGGAGGGAGGUGGGAGGAGGAGGACAGGAGGAUAAGGUGAUGUGCGUCGACGUAUUGCCCGACAACAAGUACCUCGCCACGUCCUCCUUCGACCGCACCUUCAAGCUGUGGGCGCCCGAGUAGGAGGCAGAGAGGAAGGAGCGCAGGGAGGUGGGAGGAGGAGCACAGC